AAUUGCUUCUGGCUCUGAUGAUUUCCAUCACAUGGCGAACAAAAGCUCAGCACGAAUUAUCGGCGUCGCAGGAAGUUGAGCCGAGGUCGGCAGGUCUUGCUUACAUACACAUCACCGCAAGAACAAAACAAGACCGACAGACUAACGGCGAUCGUGGCCUACACCAUACUAGGCCCCUGAUCCCAUUAAAGAAUCGAGUCCUCCAGUCUAGGCGGACUCUACAAACCAAUGGUGGUGCUCAUGCUCACGUCAUAAUGACCGGAUUAAUCCCCAAAGGCCUGCAGUUUGACUACAUCCGUUUAUCUCUGAUCGGUUUCACGCGCUAUUGA